AUCACGGCAACAUCACUCUUAACUGACCAUCUCGAACCAUUCUCACAUUAGUGGUUGCUCUAUCUAGCCACUGUGUUUAGAUGGGUCCGACCUGACCUCAUCGCUUUAUGCGCGGCACACCUCACCAUCGCAACACUCGCAGGAAAUUGUCGCCCCAUUCGCUUAUCGACUUCCUGAGCUCCUGGCAACAGCCAACAAAGGGGGUGACAACACACCCGACCGAGACACCUUCGAGCCAAUGUCAAAUUCGAGCUCAAUCGAGACCUUGUGAGAACCUGGUUUUCUGGAAACCUCAUCCAUCGCCACUAUCUGAAUGGGAUCAAUCGGCUACGACGCUUAGCGCUACAAAAACAAAGGAACUAUGGCGAUGCCCCCAAAUUUGUUGGACCUGUGGUCCAAUUCACAGAACUCGACCGGCUCGACUUCGCCACGGCCCUUGCGGUCGCCCCGCCUGCAUGUCGCCGGAGAGGUACUCUCUGAAUUCUCCCCGCUGGACGCAUUUGUCCUGCAGAGCCGCAUCCUCGCGAAACAGUUGCAAGAGAGCACCAAGGAGGGCAACAGAUUCAGCAGGCUACCGCCGUUGACGGUGGAGAGUCCCCUGAUCGUCCAGGGCCGGUCAAAUUACUUCCGUUCAAUGUCUCAAGACUCGGGGUCAGAACCAUGUGAUUCACUCGAACAGAAUCCCGCCGGCCUGGGUCUAAGAACUGAGGUCGAACAUGCUUUUUUAUUAGGACGGCCCAAAUCGAUGGUUUCGCGUACGAUUCGAAUCCCUCUUACCCCCGAUGGACCAGCCCCUGCUGUGCCACAGAUAGCGCGAGACUUGUCUCGAGGGUCACAGCUCAAUCAGAUAGAGGAGGACCGCGAUUCUUUCGGCGCACGAAGGGAACGCUCUCCCUCGCCGGAGAUCCAGACGAUGCGCUUAUCUGGGACCACUGCAACGCAGUUACCGAAUCCACCCCGCCACCCCCAGCGCUAGCAUCUUCCCUCCAACAAACUCCAGUGCUUCGCAACACAAGCAGCUUCGCAAAUUCUUCCGAACAUCGCAAGUACGUGGAUGCCGUGCUUAAAGAGGAGCUCGGGCUUAUGUAUGUUGGGCUCCCAGGUGGAUCCAGGAAGAAAUGCGUACUCU